AUGCUGGGGAGCCGGGAAACAGGAACUGCGGGCGGCGGGGUGGAGGCUGCCGGGUCUCAGGGGCCUCCGGGCCGGGAACACCCCGUGGAGGAGGAGACGCCGCCCGGCCGCGCAGGGUGUCGUCUCACCGGCCUGGUCAACUGGAGGCAGAGACCGUGGAGGACUUCAGCGCUGUUUGCUGCAGCCAACACGCUGUUCUGGUAGGCAUCAUGACGCAGGGAUAUCUGACACACUCCCAGGAUAAUAACAAUGAGCUCAUGGUGAUUAUGGAGAAACUACUGGAGAGAAUUUAAAGCUCAGAAAAAACAUCGUUACCACAGUUUUAUCGUUAAAAUCAAGUUUGUGUUAGUUUCCUUUAAAUCCUCCUUAAUUUUACAAUCAUGGGCUAAACUCUGUAUUUUUUGUCUUUGUAAAGGGGAAGUCUUAUAUUUGAUUAAAACUGCUCUGUUAAAAAAAACAGCUGCAAAAAGUUGAUCCUGUCUCUGCUAAAUGAUUGACAAGUUAGUUUUUGAUUAACAAGUCACCAGAAGGCACAAAAAUUAAGGAAACAAAACAAGAGGAUAGGAAACGGUAAAGGCAGUAGGAUACAAAAAAGGUGACAUGAUAGGUCACAACCUGCUUCAAUACAACAACGCAAGGCAGAAUGAAAAAAAUGCAAAACAAUAUGAUACAACAUCAAAAGACACAAAAAGAUCUGGUAUGAUACGAUAGGAUACAAUACAAAUGAUAUGAUACAAUACAAUACUGAACGAUAUGAUAUGAUACAAUACAAUACAAUAUCAUACGAUAUGAUAUGAUAUAAUACCGUACGAUAUGAAACAAUACGAUAAAAUACAAUAUUGUAUGAUACAUUACAAUAUCGUAUAAUAUGAUGAGAUACAAAAGGAUUCUUUGAUACUUUAUGUUCAGAUAUGAUAACAGUGUGACAUAGUGCAGCCUCAUAGAGAGGAUUCAGGAUCUUGACGCAGUGUGUCUAUGUCUUUAUUGAACACUAAAUCAUUUUUAUUAUAGAAACUACUGAACAGUUUGGAGUUAAUUUAAAGCUCAGAAAAAACAUCAUUAUCUCAGUCUUAUGGUUAAAAUCAACUUUGUGUUAGCGUCCUUGAAAUCUUCCUUAAAUUUACAACCAUUUGUUAAACUCUAUACGAUACAAUACUGUACGAUAUGAUAUGAUACGAUACAGUACAAUACGACACAAUACGACACAAUACCGUACAAUAUGAUACAAUAUGAUACAAAUGAUGUGAUACAAUACAAUACAAUAUGAUACAUUUGGAUGAUAAAUAGAUCUAGUUUGGUGAACCCAGGCGGCUCUGUUAUAGUAGCUUUAAUAAUAAUAAUAACUUUAUUUUGAAAGCACCUUUAAAGACAGAAGUUUAAAAAGUGCUUUGACAAACAAUCGUAAAGCACAGAGCAUCAGUACACGGAAAUAAAAACAAAUAAAAAACAGAAGCUCAGUUAAAAACAAGACCUUUGGAUUGAGGGCCAAUUCCAUUUUUCAUAAGGAACCCAGACAAUACAAGAACCCUACAACAUAAAACGAGACCACAAGGACCAAAAUAAAAACAUGAAAUAGGUAAGAAAAAGAAAUGUGAUAAAAAAACACUGUCUCCUGUCAGACGUUGGUGUGAAUCUGAACUGUCGUGUUUUGCUCUUCUCCAGGUUUGUGACCUUCAGCUCUUUACGAACCUUGAGCCUCACAGCCAUCCUGCUGUCCCUGCUGGUCCUCGCUGUGACUGCUAAAGACUUCAUCAGGACCAGAUCCACAGGUAAACACCUAUUAUACCUUUACAAAUAAGGAUGGGAAUUGCUAAGAUUUUUACAAAAUAAAAUGCUGACUCAUUGACAGGUGUAAGAGGUCAAAUCUCUAAGACACAGAUUUAGGAUGUGCUGACUAAGACUAAGUAUAAAUUUGGGACUGUUGGCCAGAGAAGAGGAGACAUCUGAUGAACUUAACUUAGACUCUGUGGCUUCAUUUUGAGCGUCUGAAUGUCCGGCCCUUCAGCUCACGAUCAUUUGGACCGAGCCGAAGUGGAUAACUGUCCCGUGGUCUGGCGAAUCAAUAUUUGACCUUCCUUUUGGGAAUCAUGGACGCUGCAUCCUCAGCUCCAAAGUCGGGAAAGAACCGCUUGACUUGUUCUCAGUGUCAAGUCUUUGCAGGAUCACUUAGUUCUCCCUGCCAGAGUCUAGUCCUGUACCAACAGAGUCUCCAUUUUUAUGUCGAAUCUGUAAUUAGAGAUCAUCUGAGAGCUGCAGGGCGUGAGUUCAUCUCAGACCUGGAGAUGAUUUCACCCUGAUGGUUCCUCAUUAGCCUGAUGAGUGAAAACAAGUCUGACCUGAAGAUGAGUCACGAACGCUCCUUCAUCAGCCAUCUUGGUCCUCUUCAGAGAAACGUACUCCUCAUGUUUUCACUGAGGAUGAUGAUGAUGAUGAUGAUGAUGAUGUCUUAUUUUUAAGGAGUGUCUCUGAUGCUGCCAAACCAGUUAAUCAGUCGAACUGAUGGGAAAAUCCAUUUUAAUAAUUACACGUGUGUUUUUUUAUGUGCUUUACAUUACAGCACCUGUUUUUCUACUGACUGUGACACUAACUGGUUCUCUGACCUCCUCAGUGACGAUACGUAACACACUAAUUAUUUUCUUUUCUGCAGGGGCUCAUUUGUGGCGCAGCAUGACCACAAGGUAAGAAACUGCAUUUAAAGUGACAGUACAUGUGUGUGAAUUUCAGGAGCAUGUAUCUAAAAUAAGAGAUCUAAUACUGGUCCAGUUCUACGUCCAAAAGCUUGAAUGUCAAUGAAGGGACGGUGGCUUUUAAGGACAAAAAGCUCCAGUGAUGAAUAUAGUUGGUUCUCCUUUUUGGGUUUUUUCCAAUAUUUUAGUUUUAUUCAUUUGUUUUAUUUGUUGGUACUAUUAGUGAUGCAGCUGCGUAUCGUAUCGUAUCAUAUCAUGUAUUGUUGUGUCUUGUGUAUCGUAUCAUUUAUUAUUAUCGUGUAGUAUCGUAUCGUAGGGCUAGGCGAUAUGGGAAAAAGUUUAUCACAAUAUGUUUUUUUCAUAUCAGGCGAUAUCGAUAUAUAUCACGGUAUAAAAAAUAAAAUUUUACUAUGCUCUUUUCGACAUUUUGUCGUAAGGUGUUGCGCUAGAGAAAGUGGAUCGAAUGGUCGUCUGUUUCCUGGGGUACAGUGCGAUAGUUGCGUGUAGCUGCCGUCUGUUUGAUACUUGGUUCUAAUUUAGCACGAUUGGUUCGGCACGAAGCGGACCCACAGAAACUCCACUUUUCAUUGGCUGUUCGUAAAGUCUACCAAAACAUGACAGAAUGCCGACUAUUGAAAAGCAUAUUGACCAUAUUUAUAUUGUUACUGAGAGAAAUUAAUUUUCGAUAUCGUUAUUGUUUUAUUGCCCAGCCCUAUCGUAUCGUAUCGUAUCAUGUAUUGUUAUCGUGUUUUAUCGUAUCGUAAAAAUAAAACACGAAAAGAUACAAUAUGAUGCAAAAAGUACGGUGGCUUUUUGGGUGGCCUGAGGAGCAAAACACAACGGCAAAUCAGAAAAAACACAACGCAAAAAGAGAAAAAAAAACUACCUACGUUCUUCGAUUUUUGCUUAACGUUGUCGUGUUUUCUGAUUUGCUGUUGUGUUUUGCACCUCAGGGCCACCGUAAAAAAAGGUUAAAUAGUAUACUAUACAUAACAAAAUAAUAUAUACGAUACAUAACAAUACAACACAACAAUACAUGAUACGAUAUAUACAAUAUAUAUAAAUACAAUACAGUAUAUAUGUAAAUAUAGUAUCCAUCCUUCUAAGUUAUUUUGCUCAUAACAACCACUCUCUUCUUCUUCUCUUUUGUCUUCGACGGCCGCUCACUAAACUCUUAAAUGCGUAUGUUACUCGUUUGUCCAUUCAGAGCUACUGUAGAAACACGCUGGUGUGUGAUGUCAACUGUGGAGCACGCUCAGAACACCUCUGCCAGAAAAUCGCUCCUCCAACCACAUUAUCUACUUACGGUUAACUAGUCUGACUUCCUGAGCUCUGAUAUAAUGUUCCAGCCCUCACUUAAGAGCCUGAACUUUGAGUGAAAGCGGCUGUUAUGGGUUCACCCUGUUAGGGACAUGUGCGGACAAGCAACAAGGAGAGAUUUCUGGGCGUGCUGUCGUGAUAUUUUCUCGAUAUUUCCAUUAGUGUGUAAAAAGGUCCACAGAAUAACAGAAUAACAUCCUCGGAGAGAGUACAGUCACCCGAAAUAUUGAGUGGACUUUGAGACGCUGCGGAGCUGAUUGGUCACACAUGACUGUCUAAUCUGAUCCUCCCGUAGACUGAAGCAUGUGAUGGCUCCUUCUCUCUCAGGACACAAACCGCACACUCACCUUGUGAUAAACAAGUGUUUACAUAAAGGAUUAGACCGUUUACUACAUGAGGAAUUAAGGACACGGCGUGGGAAAACAUUUUCUGAGAUUUCAGGAGCCGAGUGCUGAUAAUUCCUUAAUCUCUUCCAGCAAAAUACGACCUGCGAUACACUUCUCCGGAUUAGAGAUUUUAACCUUCCUGAUUCGAGUAAAACUGUAUGAAACUAUAAUUUUAAAAAGAGUUUUAACCUUUUUAACCUUCCUUCUGUGUUAGCUUUUACUAUGCACCCACUAUGUUAAGGGUCGGUUUUGACCUGUGUCUUAAAUCAAAUCAAAUAAAUUACACUAAAAACAAUUCUCUAUCGUCCAAUUUGGUUCUCAUCUCUAGAUUAUCUUGUCCUUUUGGUCUUUCUUUGUCAGUAUACCCCUCACACAGACAUCUAUACUGAACUGAUCUCAUGUCUGGACAUGCCCAAUGUUGUUUUUUGUGCAGAAAAAACAGGCAAAAUGAGAAUUUCCUAAAUCUCACAUGAUUGUAAGAGGAUCUGACUGUCAGUGUGGUGCCUGUCAGUGCACUUAUGAUUUCAGUUUUUGCUCUAAUUAUUGGAUAUUGAUCUAACCGGGUCAACAGCGACCCAAACACAACCAGUGCCAUAAUUUUAAUGAGAGCAUUUUAUAAUUUAGUCCAUUUAAUUUUUUUUAAAUUUUGUUGAAAUAGAGGUUCCUGAAAAAGUCAAAAGUUCAAUUUAUGUGGUUCUUUUAUAGCCUGGCUGGGCCAUCCUGUUGUGUGAAUCACUUGAUGUCAAUAAAUAAAUAAAUAAAUAUAAAUUAAAAAAAGUAAAAAAAAAUAAAAUAAAUAAAAUAAAUAAAUAGUAAUAAUAAUAAUAAAUAAAUAAAUAAAAAAUAAAUAAAUAUCAUCAAGUGAUUCACGCAACAGGAUGGCCCGGCCAGGCUAGUUCUUUUAAGCAUUUAAAAUCAAAAACGGCGCAGAACCUAACACAGGAGGAGGGUUCAUAUUUCUGCUAAGUGACCAUAAAUUUCAGCUCCAGAGAUUUGUUUUUUUGAUGCCAUGCCGUAUAAUCUCCUGCCACUAGAUGGAGCCAGAGCACACAAAGUUCGAAGCGAUAAUUUAAAGCUGUUCAUGAAUCCUCCUUCGUACUUUUACCUCAGAGAGAGUGAAGACUGUAGAGUAUGAGCAGGAGAAGUGCCAAAAAGACUGAAAUAAUACAUUUAUAACAAGUCCUCCAUCAUUAUUAUCGUCCUGUAGCUCUGCUGAGGUGAUAUUGAACCCCAGGUCGCCGCCUCCAGCCGCUGUUUCCUGUCUUUCUCUUGAUUAAUAUCCCACAAACUCUCUUUAGGGUUCGGGUCAGGCCAGUGAAGCUCAGUAUAAAGUUCAGUAAACUAUUCUGUGGUAGUUUUGGCGCCGUGGGCAGGUGCCACAAUGACAUUUGUACAACCAAAGGAUCUAUCUUCAUGUUUCUGUGCAGUUUCUUACAACCAGGAGGUAGAAGAGUGUUACUUUCGUGUGUCUGACCUAUUCACGCAUGUGAUUGGUGACCCAGUGACGGAGGUGGUAGGUCACCUGGUUCAGGCUCUUGCCCUCAUUUUGAGAGUGUUUGUGCAUUUACAUGUUUGUGAGUGUGUGUGUGUGUGUGUGUGAGGGAUUACAUGCCAGCCCCAGAGGCUCGGUGGGAUUCAGCGGAAGGUGACAGGGAUUUGUCGGCGCCAGCCUGGAUGCAACACAUCUGAGUUAUAUAACUGUUAGACUGUGAGUCCAGGUCAGGGGCGACUCACGGGGUGUAAAGACACACCUCAGGAGCUGGGUUUCCAUCCCGGGGUAAUAACAGUGAUUAGAGGCACAAAAGGCCAGUGUCAGGAAAUCUUUAGGGGAGCAGUGCAUGUGUGAGAGGGAGCUUAACACUGUAAGCGAGGUGGAAAUGUAGGUCAAACUGGUUAUGAUGUGUUUUUAUGAUGAACGAGUGCAAGAUGAGUAAUUUAGAAAAUACUUUACAUUCAUCAGUUUGUGCUUUUCUGUUCAGAUGAGGGUUGCUGUUGAUUUAAAGACGUAUUAUUUCCAUCCAGGUCACUAAAUAACUGUACACAGAUUUUCUCAUCUAAACAUAUCAUGUCACAUUGCAUUGCAUAAUAUUAUCAUAUAACGUUGUAUUAUCAAGCAUUGUGGCAGAGGGAAUCAGAUCAAAUAUCUUUGAGUUUUUAUAAGAAUCCAAUUCUCAUAUCAUAUCAUGUCAUGUCAUGUAGGGCAAAUGGGGCCAUCUCAUGUCGUAUCAUAUCAUAUCAUAUAUCAUAUAUCACAUCAUAUCAUAUCACAUUGCAUGAUCGAAUAUUGUGGCAUGGAGAAUCAAGACAUUUUUUUUUAAGUUUUAAAAGAAAACAUAGCUCAUGUCAUAUCAUAACAAGCCAGGUCAUGUCAUGUCAUGUAGGUCAAAUAGGGCCAUAUCAUGUCGUAUCACAUAUCAUAUAUAAUAUAUCAUAUCAUAUCAUAUCAUACCAUAUCAUGACAUGUCGUGUCUGCAAAUUGGGGCCAUAUAAUAUUGUAUCAUAUGUCAUGGCAUAUCAUGUCAUAUGAUAUGAUAUGACAUGACAUGAUAUGAUAUGAUAUGAUAUGAUGACAUGACAUGACAUGACAUGACAUCAUAUCAUAUCAUAUCAUAGCAUAGCAUAGCAUAGUACAUUAUCAAAUAUUGUGGCAUGGGGAAUCAGAUCAAAUCCAAUCAAUCAAAUUAAAUAAAAUCAAAUUAAAAGAAUCCAAUGCUCAUGUCAUAUUGUAUACUAUCCUAUCAUAUCAUAUCAUAUCAUGUCAUGUGGGUCAAAUGGGGCCAUAUCAUGUCGUAUCACAUAUAUCAAAUCACGCCAUGUCAUGUCAUGUCAUGUUUUAUUAUAUCAUAUUGUAUCAACAGUACACUAAAGCCUGCUGGCUCCUGUCUGAGUCUGUCACACUGAUUUAAAAUAAAACUUUUAAGUACAAAAAGAAACAAAAACAAAGACACACUACAGCAUGUUUUAAUACAGAGGUCAUAUCAGCUCACCAUACACUUAAUUCACUGUUCUCUACUCUUAAUCUGCAUCUUUACCGCGACAUAACUCUCCCUCUGUGUCUCUGUGACAUUUGGCCAGCAGGGUGGGACUAUGUUGUUGUCACCUGCUGUUGUCUGUCACUGGUGUCUCGUGGGUAAUUGUACAUCAAUGCACAGAGCAAAUCUCAGGCAAAGGCUGGCGGGAGAUUAGCCGCUGACCCAAAAUGCGAGCUGACAGCUGGGUUAUUCGAGCCAACAGAGUCUCACUGUCAGUGCGAGUUUGAAACAAUGCUUCUGCAGACUCUCCGUGUGUCAUGCCAAACAGCUGGCGCCUGGAACAUCCUCUGAUAUGAAUAACACAAACAAACAAAAAGAAAGAUGGAAAAAUAAAAUAACCAGGUUAUUAGACAGAUGUCAGCACACAAGAAGCGUGUUUUCUGGGACUAUAGGAGUUUAAGUCACACCAGCCAAAAGAGAAGAGAAAAGACAUUUUGUGGGGAAAUUUAUUUGACAAAAUUCAAGACCAAGGACAGACAUUUCAUCCUGAAAGGCAAGUUAUGAUAAUAAUAAUAAUCUAGCCAUCUAGAUUUUUAGCCCGUGAUUAUUUUUUUUGUUUUUUUCAUCGCAGUAAGAGUAACCUCCACUUUUCGCCAGUCCCUCACAAGUUUCUCGCUCACUCCAAACUCUCUCUCUGCUGCUCGAUCGCCAUUUUUCGGCUUCAUAUUUCUCUUCUUGGAGUUUGUAAUCUGCAGAAUAUCAUUCUCAGUCUUUCUCUGUUGUCGAUAUGAGUUAGUUUUUAAAUCUUCAGUGGUACAGGAGUAGCAGAUACUGGUACACCAGCCUAGAGCACCCUCUAGCGGCUGUCUGUGUGAUAAUAACAAAUGUGUGAAAUUAUAUAUUUUAAUAUAUAUAAGUCGCAAACCCAGCCAAACUAUGAAAAAGUGCGACUUAUAGUCCGUAAAAUACGGUAUAUUUACCUAUAUGCUGUAAUGUAGAUCUUUAAGGGACUGUUUCCCUGAAUUUGAUGAUAAAAAACAUUUAAGAAAAUCUCUUAACAUUUAUUUACAGAUAUCAACACUUUGGUACAUCUAUUUUUUUUAGUUGAGUAGUAUUAAUCGACCAUGCAUCCAAUUCAACCUUCAGGUGUGUCUGCAUAAUUAAAACCAUCACUUCUAUUUGCCUUACAUCCCCCGGAGUAGCACAAAGUCAUCGAAAACUUACACUUUAUGUAACUUACUUAAAUUUGCUGCGUUCCUCUUGUACUCAAAAGUCGGGAUUUCCGAGCUCCGAGUCAGAAAUUCAUCUGGAACGCCCCCCUGAAGUUGGAUUUUCCGACUCCGGAAGUCGAAUGAUCCUUGUGAACCCCGACUUGACGACAACGUCAUAAUUUAAGAUGGCAGCGCAGUGCAUAAACAGUAAAGAGUAACAGUGAAAGCUCUCGAAAUGUUUUGUUUAUUAGCGCUUCUGUUUUGAUUUUGUGAAAUUAAAUAAGUGGUUUAUGUUGAACUGCCCAACGCCUAACUGUGAACACGAUGCUAUGGUGUUUGUAAGAAUAAAAUACUGUGUUUUACGUUGUUUACAACUGAUAACCGCUAACAACAGCUGACCACAGCUGACAGUUGUAAACAACAGCUAACAAUGGGUAACUGUAGGCGUCUAUCUUAGUUUUCCGAGUUGUUAACUGGAACGCUGUCAACUCGGGUGUAGCGUCAUUCCCAGCUCCGACAUCCGACUUCCGAAGUAACUGGAACGCCGUAAUAGUAGCACAUAUAUUUCAGUCUGGCUCACGGUGGUACGAACCUGGAAAAGAAACAGAUUUACUUCUGAUUUUGUUAAAUGUAAUGAGUCUCGAGUUGUAGAUCUACACAUGUGAAGGCAAAUAUACAACACCGCCAGUCAUUUCUGAUGCAUUCAAGGAAGUCAGGAAAUGCCAACACUGGUUAGCUUUAGCUGGCAGAUUUAUCAGUUGAACAGAUUUGAAGCUGUUCCUCUAUGCUGAUCCGUUUAGAGACAUAAACAAGCUAUCGUCAGAUUACCUCCGAUGGAAGUUGGGGUGUGACUGCGAUUGGAUUUUGUUCUGCCUGCUUUUGCUCUCCAUACUCGCAGAUACGUGAUGGGUCAAUCCCAGCGGGAUUACAAACGGAAACCAGAACAUUCUCCACUUAAAGCUCGUCAUCUGUUGAUCCCGUAUCCUCCCUCUUAGCCUGCUGUCUCCAAUAUCAAAUAACUGCCUCUAUAAGUCAGAGAUAUACGUAGACAGCACUUAUAUAUAAACGGACGGUCUAUUUUGGAGCAGCCAAUGAAGCUGUUCUGUUUUAUGGGUCAGUAACAAAUCUGACUUUGACAGACUAACACUGUUGAUGUCCUGAGGGUGUCCGUAUCCUGGAUGUACUUUUGCGGGAUUGUCGGCGUAUUUUUCAAUCGUCACUCAUGUGGUUCAAAGUCAUGUGACUUGGACAGAAACUUGUUGUUGUUGCUUCCAAGAGAAGAAGACUUUCUGUUUGUUCCCACAACAAAAACACACACAGAGUGUCUUAAGAGUUGUGAAACCUGAGUGCAGUGUGUGUGUUUGUGUGUGUGAGGGUGUGUGUGUGUGUGACUCAGCUGUUUCUCCACUGAUUUAGAGGUGUGACAGGAAGUGGUCGAGCCAAUCAGAUCUGCUGACUCUGUAGGGGUGUGCUUCACUUCGAAUCCUCUGAUAGGACUUAGAGAAGCUGGUAGAAAACAACACAACAAACCGCCCACGAGUGUUUCAUCACAGAUAAAUACUUGAACAGGAUUGAUGAAUGAAAGUUUAAGAUUUACUUUUAACUUGACCUUACAUCAGCUCGUCUGCUCUUUGUCAAGUCUGUUCUUGGAGUUUUUUAAAGGCUGCUUUCACAUAUAAUCUGCACAACCUAAUGUAAAAGAAUUUAACUGUAAUAAAUAAAAGAUUAUACAGAAUUUUAGACUUUUUUCUCAGAUGUUAUAGUCAGUGGAACUUGUAUAUCCCCAUAACAUCAGGGAUUCUGGGGGGUCCCUCUCCUCUUUUAGGAGAUGGAGCAUCCAAGGUUCCCAAAAUGAAUGUCAAAUAUUGAUUCUGACGUGAUAUUCGCCAAUGCAGUAACUUCCACUACAGAGUCAUGUCCCUUUGUUACUCAAAGAUCUUGGCAGUCCAGUAUUGGAUCUUUUCUACAGAGAUUUCCCCCGAUUCUCUGAACCUUUUAAAGAUCUUCUGGACUCUUACUCAUGAAAUCCCUGAAAUCUUUGUGAAAAUAACUCUAAAAUGUCGAACUGUGUCCUCACACAGUCUGUUUCAGUGUCUAACCCCCAAUUUCCACUGCAUCCGGAACCGCUAUGAAAAAGGCCGUAUCCGCCAAUAAGAGGUUUUCACUUGACAGGAAGUGAGUUGCUGCUAUAGAGACCAGCAACAUGCCGAUGUUUUGCUCCGUUUACGGCUGCUCGAAUCGAUCGAACAGGGAAAAAAACAAGAGCUUUUAUCGUGUGCUCAAAGUAGUGUUACACAAAGGGGAAAGAUGUAAGAAGCUGACUGAAAAACGCCAGAAAAAAUGGCUGUUUAAUCGUGGUUCUCAAGUCCAGUCCUCAAGCCUCCUCGUCCUGCAUGUUUUGGAUGUUUUCCUGCUCCAACACACCUGAUUCAAAUGAUCAGCUCGUUAUUCAGCCAUUUCAGAACUUGAUAGCGAGCUGAUCAUUUGACUUGAGAACCGCUGGCCUACGGUCUGGAGGAGCUGCGUUGGAUAAUGCCCGUGUGUGCAGUGACCACUUUGUCAAAGGUAAUGACUUCAUUUUCUGGUAGGAAUUGGCGUACAGUGAAUUUCGCCGCCGUUCUGGAUGCGGUGGAAAUCCCGGGUAACAAUUCCAGCUAUUCUGACAUGAAAUUGAAAUGGGUAUAUUUUUAAUGGAAUAAUUAACGUUUAGUGUGUUGUCUUUGCAAACCAUCGAAAUCUGUUUUAUUAAAAUUUUAGUGUCUUGCUGGAUUGUACAUUUUGUCCCCGUACUCCAGCCUGGAUCAGGACCUCAGAACGAGCUGAGAUGGUUCACAGACACCAACUGAAAGUUUCACCGUAGAAAACUAUGAUCAACUACCUGAGUUCAUCCUCAUCAUUGAGUCGUUAUUUUGGAAAAAGCUGAUUAAAAUUUGAUCGACCUGAUAGCUGUAAAUCCAACCAGAUCCAUCUCUGUUUAAAGCAUCAAAUAUAAACAAAACUCUGUCAUCAACAAAGAAAUAACACUGUCUUGAUUACGCAUGUCUGCUGCCAGCUGACUGUCCAUGUCACUGACACAUGAGGAGGCAUGUUUGGGGUGGGGGGGUCGGAUGGUAAUGGAGGUGGAGUGUGCUGCUGUUUCUUCCUCCCCGACAGACCCCAUCCCUCUGUCCUCCUGAUGGCUGCCAGUUGGAAUGUAGUGUGACCGGGUUAUUUUUAGACAGGGCCGCUUGAAAUACUCCAAGCGGGGCUUUAUUGACGAUAAACACAAGCUGCUCUCGCGCUGUGUGGCACGUCAAACCUGAAGAGUUUCUUCUCAAGAUUUCGUUCACCGCAAAAACAAGUUCCAGCCCGCUGUUGUUUCUGCUGUCGCUCAUACCGUCUCAUCCUUCCUUUGUUUGGCAACCUUUAUUUCCUUCAUCACCUCUUCGAAAGAGACCCAAAGAUCUGGAGAUGUCUCCUGAUGAUCGUGGAGCGGGACUGAGGUAUGACUGAACAUGUGUGGCUGAGUUCACCUCUUGUGGUGUCUUCCUGUGUGUAAUGUUAUAAUUCAUAAGAGGAGAAUUGACUCUGUGGAAGAUGAAAAAAGAGCUGAAAUUAAAGGAUGAUUGAACAUUUUUGGGAAUGGUACUGGCACUGAUUUUGAAGGGGAAUCAAAGUACUUCACAUUGAUGAUAGGACUGUUUAAAAGGGACUAUUUCCCAGUCAGUAAUCUACAUUUUUAAAAAUUUGACUUACCGACCGGUCAAAAGGCAGGAAAACAGUCAGAAAACUGUCAGAACUGAAUGGAUGUCUGCUAGUUUGCUUGUUCUGAACCUGAAGCUUUGGUCCUUUCUGAAGUGACGCAUCUCUCUAGUCAAGUUGACCUGAAACAGCCUCCGUACAACUGACACACCCCUCCCUGCUGUGAGACGCCACCUGUUGACUGUGUUUGCUCACGUCCAGGUAGUGGAGCAUCACGGCAUCAUGGCUUUUGUUAGUGAUCGAAGCUAGUGGCGUGUGGCUGUGCUGUACCUUUAAGGCAAAGGACAAUAAGAAACUGACGGGUACUGUAGGUGCCGACCAGCCAAAUGUGCACAUCCCCGUUUAGUAGAUACCAUCAUCACACAAAUCCAACCUGGUCCAACGUGGUCUUAAAGGGAUAUUCCGAUGUGAAAUUAAUUUGGGGUCAAACACACCGUAAGAAUGAGUUAGACAUCCCCUCGAGAGAUGAAUGUUGCCGACCGCUUGUUUCAGAAGGUGAACCUAACCUUCAGAACCGAACUUCAUCAACAGCAGUCCGUAGUGGACUGGCCUGAGGUCUCGCUAUAAACAAGCGGCUGCUGGAAGAGAGAAGGUGAGUUGUGUUUAGUCUCUUUGCUAAAGAAAUGAGUCAAAGUUAAAAAUAUGUUUGAUGGCUAGUGCUGUAGCUGUGACCCUAUAUGUCCUGUUGAUGAAGUUAGGUGCUGUUCUGAGCAUUAUUUGUGGCUAUAGAGUGGCGUUUUGGUUGAGGUUUGUUUAUGGCUCCUCAGACCGCUGUGUAUUGCCAUCGUGCGGUCGUUUCUAAAGUUGGUAUAAUUAGAGAAAAUCAAUUUUUCGCCGGAAUAUCCCUUUAACUUUGAGCUCCAGACAGUGUUGACUCUGUACUCACCAGACAUCUCUAUAUCUCUGUACUGGCCGACACAAUAACCCACAUUUCCCAUGUUUGAACUUUUGGCCUUUUCCUUUGUUCUUUGGGUGCUGGCCCCACUGUCACUCUAGAAGCCUCCUCCUCUGUUGCCAUGCCACAGAGUUGUGUUUCUAGGUUUUAAAUGACCAGUUAUGAAAUGAGACUGUGUGAUCAGAAAGGGGUAAAAAAAAAAAUUUCCACCAAUCCAAUUGGACAAGGAUAACUUUGGUACACGUUUACUUCACCAUUUGAAACUUUGCGACUGUUUAUAUAAAAAUGUAAAAAAGCAUAGUCCACCUCUAAAACUACCAACCUGAGUAGUGGACUGAAAUCCUGUUCCUCUGUGAGUUUGCAUGAUGUAAUGAGUGUCUGACCUGCUCCUUGACCUCAGAAAAGCUUUACCGUUAAAUAUUCAGUAUGUUUCUCUCAGUUACGAAACAAAGAGAUCAACAUAAACACUGACAUAAAUCUACUUGGAAAGCUGUACACAUCGUUGCGUCACCACUCCCCAUCCGUCCAUGACACUGGUGUCUUGUGUUACUCUUGGCUUUUCUGGCAGACACUUGCAGACGGGCUUGUGGUUCAGGCAUUAACUUUCUCACUCCAUUGAUGUCAGCUUGCAGAACAUUGGUGUCCAUACUCAGAACAUAAACAGGUAUUAGUUGCAUCAGAGUUGAGGGGGUUUCUGUCGUGUGUACCCAAACAGAAACUUGGGUAAACAUAUUUACUACCUCCUUCCCUCCCUGCUCCUCAAUCACAUGUGAAGAGCCGGGAUGUUUUGCCACCAUUCCUCGCAUUGUUUGUCUGGCGCUAUUUUUAAAGCCUCGUCACCGGGCUUGUUAGCGGCUCAGACGUGCCGCUCCCUGUGUUGUUUCAGAGAUUACUUGUUGGGUAAAAAGUGACAUCUGCCUGACAGCUGCUCAUGCGGUGCCUCACUUCUUCCCCCCCCGGUCCUUCGCUCUGUUGACACGGUUGUUGUCAGUUUCUCAGUGGAAACUUGGACAUUUUUCCGAUAGAGUGAUGAGUGUGGGGAAAUGUCCCAGCUCAGUGAUUGGUCCACUAUUGAAGGGGUGGUGGUCUGUAAGGAUGUGAAGAGCUGAAACGGGAUACAGCAGCUUCUUAGUAUGCUGAGGGGUUCAUUGAGCUCAGACGACAUGUGACAUCCUAGAGGGCUGAAAAGUCCUGAUUUACAACCCAUGUGUCGUCCGAUGACAGCUAUUCUGGUCCAGUUGUGCAAACGCUCCUCAGUUGAACUGGAAACCGAAGUUUAGUAAGGCGCGAAUUACUGAAGAAUCCCAAACAGUCAGAUGGACAUGGCAAUGAAACUGAACUUCAAAUCCAACUGUCCCCUUCUCUUUGUGUUGGUGUCCUACUAAUCCAGUCUAGAUUCCAGUCCACCAUUACCACCCACUCACCUCACAUUAUCUCAGUUAUUGCCCAGCUACUGAAAUUUAAAAAGUGGCCACAAGAUACUGAUCUCAAGAAGAUUUGAAAAUGAUUUCCUAUGCUAGCCAACGGUUUUUACAGUGGUGAAGUUAGUUUUAGGUUGGAUAUUUAACGGACAUUCACUGCAGAUCUACCGGUGUCUUCUCACUCACGUAACCGGGAACGGCAACAGCAGUGUGGUCAAAUCUACCCUCGCUGUCAACGUCGGGUGUUGAGUAAGGGACCAUCAAUAAAAUACCAGUUGAUGUUCGCAGAAAAGGGUGUUUUCCUUCAAUAGCUUCCAUGUCAUGUGACCAAUAUGUGGACCAAUAAGACACACAUUAUUUAAUCAAUUUUAAUUUAAGUUUUUUGUGUGCUCCUUACUUUUUCAACUCAGUAGAACACGUGCCCCUUGAGGAAAAAGUUAGUGUCAAUCUCUGGAUUUACCAAAAACCUAAAAUAGGCAGAAGGACCGGUAGCGCUUCAAUGGCAACUGUUCAUGGGAUGAAAUAACAAAGUUCACAUUUUUAUCCGUUUUGCAGUCAAAUUUUUCUGUUGACCACACUAAAUCGACAGAAGUCUGUUGACUUUUCCCUUUCAGUCAACCAGUCCGGUAUCACUCCAAAAACCCAUACCAGUUUUCCUUGUGUCUGUUUUCUUCAGUUUGGUCAAUGUCUCCUUAAGUCAGCUUCUAGUGUCUACAGGCAGAGGUGAAGCUUCUGGAAGAGAACGUGUUAAUAAGAACAAAAGGCUUUCAUACCAGACUGCACACACGUUUAUAUCUGCCAUCAUUUUAAACGGGGCUAAUGGUUUUUGGAGCACACCUUCAGUGGACGCUUGAGGAACUGUCGUUUCUUGCACCUCCAGAUCGGCUUUAUGUGCGGUUAGCAGUGGGAUGAGAGGCGUUUGGUGAUGGAAACUGGACUUAACUGGAGUAUCAUGGGAAGGUAUCUUUGGCAACAACAGCGGCGUCAUGACUGAACCCUGCUAAUCAGUUUAACAAAUUAUUGAUCUUGUCAAGACUGUAGGACUAAAAUAUUGGUGAUAUGUUGAGUGGAAGCCGACUGGUGGAUGAAACUAGAAAUGUCCUCUUGUGUUGGUUACUGGUAUGCCAAAGGAAAUGAUCAAGUGACUGCCAACCAGGACAGGCUAAGAGGUUUCCACAUGACAGAUGUGCCCCUGUACUGUCGGUUUAUCCACUUAUAAAUAAAUAAAUGUAACCAAAGCUCAUCUUAAGGGUUUGUGAUUUGAAUACCCUUCAGGGAUAUGUCUUCCCCUCAGAGCUGAUUAAAGGACUGACAUAAAACUGCAAAAAGGAAGGAGUACGACUGCUUACACCCUGUGAACCCUGGCAGCUCCGAGUAAGAGAGUCCCUUUCCACGUUGGCAGCAGAGCAAACUGUAAGGAAAAACUUUUCCACUCUCCAGGUGAUCUGUGACGAAGUGAAACUCGACAGGACUUCUUCCACAAAGCCUGACAUGUCUAUCCAGGAAAAAGUCUGUCUUUCUUGGAAGAGAGAAACGCUUAUCUGUCACUUUCUGCUUUUAUCCCUUCACGGUAUCACUGUCACAUGUUGCCCCCCAUCAUGUUUCCCUGGAAGUCUGCCUCCCGGCGGGGGCAUGUGCCUGGAAGUCGAGAGGGGAGCAGUGCGCUGACCUUUCGUCAUAAGGGUUAUCUGAGACCUGGCUGGGUGUUUGGGUCUGCUUGGAGGGGUGGUGAGAGUUUAUCAGAUACUGUAUUUUCUCUUCAACACUUGGGCUUGUUGCUUGUGGGGAGAAUUUGAGGGGUCAUGGAGAGAGAAAGUGUCAUUAGAGUCUUGAACUGAUUGAUAAUUGGUUUUAAAAGGUGCUUAUAGUUGAUGCUUUGUCGCUUGCGAACAGGAGCUACAAGGGCACCUUUUCCUGUUUAUGGGAACAGAUCAGUCCAACUAUGGGAGCCUCUGAGGUGGAUGGCAACUUUUUUUAUCUGAACAGGUGACCAACAACAUGGAAAUCUUGUUCACGUUCCUAUUCCGAUCAACCACCUGCCUGUUAAGUCAUCUAUCCAGCUGAUGUAGUUUCUUAAUUUAGACCAUGACAUUUCUCUUGGACUGAAUUGAAUCAAUGACUUUCAUCUGGUGUAAUUCCAAGCCUCAAAUAAACUCAUGAAGUCGAGUCAAACGUGGACUCUAUUUUAAAGGCUGAGUCACUGUGUGUUUUAUCAGUGUUUACAUGGAGGCCAUGAGGUCAGGUCACUGUUUUCGGAAAUCAGAGCUGAACGAAGCGCGGCCCUUUGAAACCAAUCAACACAAUUUAAGCAAUUUUAAAAUAUUUUAAGCAAUCCAAGCAUCUCACUUUUGUAAUUUAGGGCCAGUUAAUACGAUUAAGUAUUUAAAGGUACUCUAUUUCAAGCCUUUUUUUUUGGCCAUUUUAGCCAUUACAAGCCGAUCCGUACCAUUUACGUACAUUCAGGCUAUUUUAAGCCAUUCAAAGGUGAUUCCAAAUCAUUUUAUAUUUUAAACCAUUUCAAGCCAUUUUAUAUAAGUUACAUUAUUUUUAGCCUUUUUUAACCAAUUGACACUAUUUCAGCCAUUGCAUUUACACCAUUCAGGUCAUUUCAAGCCAUUUUAUGUCAUUUCAUACCACUUAAAGCCAUUUUAUAAUUUUUUAAGUCAUGUCUAGCCAAUCUUUACCAUUGAGUUAUUUAAAACUACAUCAUUUUUUAGCCACUUUUGUCACAUUUUAACCUUUUUCAACCAAUUUAUCAAUUUCAGUAUAUUAUUUAGGUCAUUUCAAGCUAUUUUACCCCCUUUUAUACCACUUUAAGCCCUUUCAUAAUUUUUUAAGUCAUUUCUAGCCAAUCUUUACCACUUACUUAUUUAAAACUAUGUCAUUUUUAGUCUUUUCUUCCCAGUUUGUAACAAUUAUUUCAGCCAUUGCAAGCCAAUUUAUACCACUGAAGUUAUUUAAGCUACUUUGUUCCUUUUAAGUCAAUUUAAGCCAUUUUUAGGCCACCGCGUCACACGGUUUCAGUCAUAUCAAGCCAUUUUUCAAUCCAGACAGUAUGUAUUGUGUUUGAAUAUCCACCAUUCUGAGAUAUUUUAUAAAGUUAGGCUAAAAACACCUGUGAAUGCAGGUAAAGGGAACAGUGUGGAUCCCCAAUCCAAGUCAAAGCAAAUUUUAAGUUUCAAGAAGUUUCACAACAGAUUGAUUAUUUUAUUCGACCUAGAAGGGAAAAUGGAAACAAGAGCAACUCAAAUAAGGUGUUAAUCGCCAGCUUACCCUCAGUGAGCUUCAGCACUCUCUGGGUGUUCUUGAACAUGACUCACACAGCCUCUGUCUGUCUUUCCCUGCAGCUGGGAGAUCAUCGAUUCAGGCCAGGACAGCCGGUCUGGGUCUGGACCUCAGCUCAGCGACUCCCUCAGACUUUUCCUCCAGGAAACAUCGGCUUUCAAACAGCAGAACCCGGGCAAGGUGAGGCAGAGCGUGAGAAAACUGACCUUCACUUCUCACUGAUUGACUGAACUCAACUUUGUUUACAUUCAUUUCUCAGUCAGAUACAUGUGUUACGUGUUCAGAAAAUUGUCUUAAAUGUGAAAGUGUGUUUCCUGGCUCAGCUCUGUUUUUGUCUUUUUGUCUUUUCCAGUUUUGUCUGCUGGUCUGCAGUUUGUGUACCUUCUUUGCUGUCUUAGGACGCUACAUUCCAGGGAUCGUGAUCUCCUAUAUUCUCGGUUGGUGAACUCAGAUUUGAACUUUGAACAUUUUCUUUCUUAUAAAUCAAUAAUAAAAGCAGAACCAGAGACAAAAUGGUCACACACCUCAUAUCUGAUCAAUCAGAAAGUAGCACAGCUUUCAUCUCUGUGGCAGAAAAAGUUUCUGUGACAUUUAGAUUAACACUAAUAGACAUGAACAACAACAUUACUCAUGGAGAAGUCCAGCGUUACAAAUGAUUAUUUCAGUUUGAUGUUAAUGUUAGCAAACAUGGUGCACAAACCUCCUUAUAAUCGAAUUGUCUCUGCGUCUCACGGCUUCUUUCCGCAGUGCUGGGUGUGUUCCUGUGGCCUCUGAUUUCAUCACAUGAGGUCGGUUUGUGGCUGGAGCCAGUUCUGCAGAAGCUGGACUUUGGCAUCGGAGAGUUUCUUCAGAAAGUUAAAGAGAACCACGGUAACCAUCGAACGUAAUAUCAUAUAUCAUAUGUUUGUAUUUGGCAGCGGACAAUACAACCCCAGUUUCAAGACAGUUGGACGAAAGUGAAUUCUCAUGAGGUAAAUUUGUAUCGAGCGAAAAAUGUGAAAAAUGUGUAAAGAGAUUAAAAAGGCGUCCAGAGAGGCUGAAGAGGUUCUCCACUUUGUGAGAGACUGUGUUAGCAAAGAGUUCAACAACCGCAGGAUAAUGUUCCUCUGACAGUAAUCAUCUACCGCAACCUUCAGGCUUUAGGCAGCAUUAAAACGGACACGACAGAGACUUGAGCUCAUUGGAGAUGGACUGAAUCGUCUGUUUUCAUGUUUCCUUCCUUUCAGAGAGGAGGAUCCUGCAGGCUCAGACUGACAGAGAGGGCAUCGAGUCUGACCUCUCCUCCAUGUUCCCCAAGGUUUGCAAAUCUUCAUUUCAUGUCAAUCUAAUUUGUCCUCUGCAGAAGGAUCAGGUUCAGUUCGGGUUUUUUGCUCAUGAGAUCCACAUUAGAGUUUAGACCUGUGCUAGCAUCGAUGCCCAAGUUUGGUUUUUCACUUUUCCUCUGAGAGUCCAGUCCUUCUAGUCUGUACUGGACUCUUUAGGUCGUGGUUUGACUCCUAAACCUGUCCUCUCUGUGUGUUUCCCUCCCACAGCUCGACUCCACAGUCUGUAAGGAGAUGUCCGUAUCGGACACAGAGGUGUCUGAUGUGACGUGGACCGAUAACGGUACCUUCAACCUGUCAGAGGGACACACGCCACAGACGGAGAACUCAGAGGGUACGCCUGUUAGCUACACUAAAAUAAUGACCUGCUGCUGUAGCUCCGUCUUUCUCCUCUAGGGGGAGCACAAACACGGCUGAUCCAGCAGCAGGAACUUGAUUUAUUGGCUUUGUUGGAAGUUAAAGUAGAAAUUAAAGCUAAAGAAACUUUUGUCCGAUUCUUUGAGUUUUAUGUCGUUAUCGAACCUCAAACUUCAUUUUUGUCGUCUUUUACCUCUCAGACCUCGACAGAGAAGAAGCCUUCACCGGUGGCCUUCAGGAAUUCCCGUCACUCGACAACGGCGCGACGACAAACGGCGACGAUGACGACGACCUCAGCCUUGGCCUUCCCUCGCACCCUCAGCCCCAGGAGCCGAUCAAAUCCGCGCACACACCCCGUCCUCAUAAAGACCAACCCACCCUCGAAUUAGUCAACCAGAUGGCGGGUGAUGUCAUCGCCGCUGCCGUCACAGCGGCCAUCCAGGAGAGAAUAGAAGCGGCGGUUAGCUUCACGGCGCUGAGCGUAUCGGAUCAAUCAGGACUCCCAGAAUCCACCAGGCUGCUGGAGUUAGCUGAGGAGUCCGACAGCGAGGUGGAGGACUUUGAGCUGCUGGACCAGUCAGAGCUGGAGCAGCUGGAAGGGGAGCUGGGGCUGGGGGAGGAGAAAACCAGGGUCAAAGAGGAGGCUCAGGACAAGAGCGACAAACCGGCGUCUUCUGGAUUCUUCUCCAAACUCCUCAGACGCCACUGA